AUGUUUCAACAUCAUGUUGAUCCAUUUGAAUUGACUGAUAAGUUUCUAUGCUUCUUUAUUGUUGACCCUCAUAAUCCAAGAGCAGUCCCUACUGAUCGGGUACCUCCUCACCAAUUGGAAUGGUGGAACGACAAAGACUUAGAUUACCUAUUUCCUAACGAUUCGAAAGAGAAGAUCAAGAAUUUCAAGGAAGGGUUGGUUUGGCCAAUAACAUUCAAAUUGGUGGCUGGUACAAGAUGCCAACUUAGGUACGAACGAUGGCUUAUGCAAGACGAGGAAGAACAUGACGGUAAUGCCUUUACCAGAACAUUCUCAUUGUGUGAGCAUUAG